AUGAUGCUUCCAUCACUCGUACCGCUCGGCACUGCUUGCCUUUUCCUGGCCCAGGCCCAGGCCGGACCCCUUUCCUACCGUGCAUCUCCUGCGACCGUGACCGAGGGCGAGGGCACUGUUGAGGCCAAGCUGCCCAGCGGAGACGCCGUCACCGUCUACCUCCACGGAGCCACUGUGACAUCAUGGAAGUCGAGCGAUGGCGACGAGAAGAUCUUCCUAUCGACCGCCUCAGCCCUGGAUGGUAGCGCUGCCAUCCGCGGUGGUAUCCCAGUCGUUUUCCCCAACUUUGCAUCUCCACCAGCGGAGGGCCAGACCUCCAAGAUGCCCUCCCAUGGCUUCGCCCGCAACAGCACAUGGACCUUUGAUUCGUCCACACCCGAGGAGGAUGGAUCAGGUGUCGCCCUCAAAUUCCUUCUCGACUCGGCCUCAUUGAGCGCGGACUACCAGGCGAAGUGGCCCUACUCCGCCAAGCUGGCCUACACGGUCAACCUGAAGCAGGACAACUUGAACGUCCAUUUCAGUGUCGAAAACACGGACACUGAGGCUAUUGACUUCCAGUUCCUUCUGCACACCUACCUCACCGUCCCUAACAUCAACACAACAACAGUCUCUGGCCUCAAGGGCUCCACCUACCAGGACAAGACCCAGAACUUCACCGUGUUCACCGAGGCCUCGGACGCGCUCACCAUCACCGGCGAGACGGACCGCAUCUACAGCCCAGCCGAGGUGGCGCCCAUCGUGCUCAACGCCGACGGUGCCCCCCGCGUCACCGUCGAGAGGAGCGAGACCCUGCCCGACACCACCAUCUGGAACACCUGGGCCACCAAGAUCCUCAACUCCAAGGACUUCGCGCCCAAGGACGCCUGGCAGCACUACCUUGCCAUCGAGCCCGGCUACGUCGCCAAGUUCAACAGCCUGGCCCCUGGGCAGACCUGGGAGGCUGGUGUCAACUACGUUGCCCAUGUCUAA